CAAACCCUCAAAAGUUAAAGCCCGUGUCUACUAAACCCAGGCCACUAGGGCGGUUCACGGUGGUCCAGACUGCGGCGCCUCAGCUUCACCAACCAACGAGACCACGAAGCACCCAGCCGCGCGGCCAUGUCGUCCAAUGGUCCCACCGGCGCCGCGGCGGACGCGAUGGAAGCUGCCGCCGCCGUCGGCAGCUACCGGGUGUGUGACACGGUGGUGCUCGUCUGCCUGGCCUCCGCCUCCGUCCUCAUCGUCUUCACGGUGGCCUUCUGCUUCCGCCGCGCCUUCGCCAACGGGUACGCGGCCGCCGCCGUGGCUGCGAACAGCGCCGAAGCCACCGCUGCCAACGGAAGAAGCCGGUGCGGGCUGGCGCCGUCCGCGCUGUCGGCGAUCCCCAAGCUCGCCUACCGGAGGGGCGCCGGCGCCACCGCUGGCGCCGGGUGGGCGCAGUGCGCGAUCUGCCUCGCCUUGGUGCGGGACGGGGAGACGGUGCGGUUGCUGCCGGCGUGCGGGCACCUGUUCCACGUCGAGUGUAUCGACCUGUGGCUGCGCUCUCACGCGACCUGCCCGCUUUGCCGGCGUGACGUCGUCGAGGCUCCCGCCGAAAAGGUUUGAGCUCACCGCCGGUGGCCCAAGAUGAUAUUGGGCAUCUAUACCAAGAAUUGUACAUGCUAGUUGCUAGUCUUAGGCGUAGUUUCAAUAUUUUUGUCGCUGGAAUCGAAACUUUUGUUUUAUGCUGUCUAAUUCUGAUGGGAAAAAAAAAUCAUCUUUUUAUGAUAUACUUGGUUUUGUGCUUUCUAUAAUCUGCAAUCAUGGAGGCAAGAUGAUAAUUGAAAUAUUAAAUAUGUCUAUGUCAGGGGCCUGGCAGGGCCUAUGAUAAGGAACUGGAUUAGAUUGGAGUCUAGACAAUAUAGGAUGAUGAAAUGGGUGGUGACAUUGGUCAAGUUGGGAUGUAUAUUUUACGAAUCUAUGCCUAUCAUAAGGAUAAAUUAUAGAACAAUGAUUUUGUUUUGUCGUGUA